AUGAUGUGUUUUCUGGUCACAAAAGCAACCGCACCUUGGGUUUUGUUGCUCCUCCUUCAGCUACAAAAUCAAAUUACAGUCGUGCAGGCUGCUUAUUGGCAACACGAUGAAGGGCCCUAUUUGGCAGACUUUCAAAACCACCACCUUCCGAAUUCUUACACCGCAUUGGAAAACGAGUUUCCGGACUUGAAGAAUCGCUGUCGCGGAAAUGGACUUGGACCCCCGCCCACUCGAACAGUAUCUAUUCAAUUUCCUUCUACAAUAUAUGCUUCCUCAGAUGAAUGGCAGGCUACAUCCUGCGGACAGAACGAUAUUUGCGUUAUCGAGACUGGCGUGACACUCAUCAUGGAUACUUCCUUGAUUCUCGGCGCCUUGAUCAUUAAAGGGGGAUUGGUCUGGAACGAUUCCUCGCAAUCGAAUCAAGAUCAAUAUUUGUGUGCUGGAUAUAUGGUAGUGGAAGGGAAUGGAAGGUUCGAAUUGUCAUUAGCCAGUCCCCAACAAAAGGCUUGGAUUUACCUUCGGAACAAUGGAGCCAUCCAUCCCGCAUUACGGUCACGCGUUUUGGGGUCGUUUGCUAGCGGAUACAACGACAAUCCUUUGUUGGAGAUUCAAGGCCGACCGAUGUUGCGCACUUGGAGUUUACUUUCAGACUCACUACCUCAGGGGUCCGCAACCAUCAAGCUCCUACACAAUGCGCAUAUCAUGGGGUGGGUAGUAGGGGAUCGCAUUGCUAUAGCACCCAUAGUGCCCCUUGCUAAGGGGUGGGGACAAGAAUUUACAAUUGCUCAAAUUUACAAUGAUGGAAGUAUUCGUUUGGACCGCCCAUCCGAUCAAACGUAUGAUGUUCUGUUCGAAGUGGUUGGUUCUGUGAACCAAGUUUCCAUGAAGACACCCGAGGUGAUCAAUCUAAGCCGCAAUGUUAUCAUCACAGGGGACGAUUUUGAACAUGUUCCUUGCGAUCCCAACUUGCCCGAAGCCAUUGCUGGAGAAUCCACUUCUACACAGGGCUGUCGUUGUGGAGGAGGUCGGACAAAAUGUACAGUUGGAUUACACACUAUGCAAAGUAACGGAGGUAUCCAAAAAAUCCACAAUGUAAGGGUAGAAAAAUGUGGUCAACGUGGAAUCGAGGGCAAGUACUGUUUGCAUUUGCAUCAGGUGGGGGCUUGUCCCGAAUGCAGCUUUCAAAACAAUGCUGUCGAGUUUUCCCAACAACGAGGAAUCAUCAUUCACGGAACGCACCUUUCGAAAGUGCAAGGUAAUGUCUUAUACAACGUUCGAGGCGCUGGAGUCUAUAUUGAAGAUGGCAACGAGAUGCAAAAUAGAUUGGCGUACAACGUAGUGAUCUGCCCAUACCCAUUCAAUGAUGAGUCCUUUCACGGAUGUACCGUACCCGGAACCUCCAAUCGUCUCAGUGAUACCCGAGACAACCAAAGCUCCUUUUUCUCUCUGGCAGCAUCGAACGAUAUGAUUGGGAAUCGAGGAGUGAAUUCAUUCAAUGGGAUGUUUCUCAAAGAAGGUGGACAAGGCAGGGGAAUGGCCUUUGGCAAGGUUUGCGAGAGCGCUUCCGCCUUAGGACGGUAUGAAGGGAACACGUUUCAUUCCUGUGGGCGAUUUGGAACUUAUGCUUUGGGCUUCAACUACCCUAAGCUUACCGACCAAUCAGUGCAAACAAACGGGUUUCAUGUGGAUCAAUCGCAAUGCCAAGGAUUUGAUGAAUUUGGGAAUACCCGAGGUGUGCCAGCAUCCUUUACAGGGCAUUCGGAUUAUGGAAAUGCUUUUGUUGGCCACUAUAUGGCCGGUGAUCUGCAGUACAACGAACACAUUUCAACAGAUUCACUGAACCUUCUUUACUGGAAAGAGACCAAGACGUUUGAUAACGGGUGCGCUGCCCACAUUACCAAUUCCUACUAUGCACGUGGAAGAGUUGCACUUCCUGAUCAUGGUACAUUCUUGAUUGAAAAUACAGUGUUUGGCAAUGGGGUGCAACUGGAAACAAAUCACCAUUGCGAUGUUGGAGAAACAGGUGUUCUCUGUAUGCCAACUUAUAUGUUCCAUAAGGUCGCGUGGCAGAAUAAAGCAACUGAUAAGACAUGGGUACACUUCUUCAACAAUGGAGGAAUCUUCACUCUCUCGCCAGAAGAGACAAAGAGGGUACAGAAUGGAGAGAUACUACCGGAUGCCUUUUUUCCGCCUGGCUACGUCUCUUUAGCGUCCCAGAAGUUCGAAUAUUUGUUGCAAUUACCCGGCAAGAUAUGUGUUCGAAGCCAAGAAGAGAGAGGAGGCUUGUAUCAUGAUGGGAUUCUAUGCAAAGUGCCGCUACGCGUAUUGAGAAUAUACACUAGUUCGCCAUCAUCGCAACUCAAACUUGAUGUUUGGUGGAAUAAAGCGAAUGGAGUUAGGGGCCAAAAUGGCUCACCGACAGCCACGCAAUAUGUGAAUUAUCACCGUUCGGGGGCAUCUUCCCGGCAAGGAUUUGCUGUUCCAGUGAUAUCAGGAACGAGUCACUCCUACAAGAUUUCUAUCGCGGGAGGACCGCUCCCCAAGGAUUGGGUCAUUGAAUUUAGUGAUCCAGUAGUUGGAAAUCGAUGGACUCCGGACUACCUUUAUUUGAGUGUUGUUGGCAGACCAUCAUGUGGAGUAGACGGUCUCGUCAACAGUCAACACGACCGUAGCUUCAUAUGGAGUGGAGAUGAAUUUAUGGCCGAUGAGGCUUGGGGAAACCAUGGGGCAUGUGUUGGCUCAGGGGUCCAGCCAAAUGACCAACCACAAGUUGAUUGCAGUGAUCCACAGCAGAACAAGUAUGGACUCAAUGAACUUGUACGGCCAACCGAUUGUCCUGAAAGCUGUGGGUAUGCAUGUGAUUCUUCCACUUCUUAUUGUGAUUGUGCAACUUCAACAUGCAAGUGCAAUGCUGGCUUUACAGGAAGUAAUUGUGAGAUUGACCUUUGUGGAGAUGCCGGAUGCGGGGAACAUGGCCGUUGCACUGCACUUUAUCUUGGAGUUUCUGGGGAGUUGCCCGUAAGUUCGGAUAAAGCAUGCAUAUGUGAGCCAGGGUGGACCGGACUACGUUGCGACUCCAAUCCAUGCAUUUAUCAAGGAAGAACGUGUUCCGGUCACGGAACUUGCAUCGCUGUUGGAAAUUUGGAAACACAGUGUGAAUGCGACCCUGGCUUCUCAGGAGAUGAUUGCGAAUCAUCUUGUGACGGCUUCUGUCCAGGAACCUUUCCUUACGGAUGUAUAAGUGAUAGUCCAGGGAAGGCUGCUCUUGGAUGCGCCAGAAAUGGGCUCUGUUGGUAUUUGAAUGAAGGUGAAUCAUACCCGCAUGAAAACUUUUGUACUUACAAGUCCUAUACCAGAGACUCGUCCCCACCGCUGCCUUCACCGCACACUCCGCAAACGCUACACCCAACACCAUACCCAACGCCAUUUCCAGCACCAUUUGCAACACCAAGCCCGCCACCAACAUCGAAUCGACUUCCUCCCACACCAUCGCCUACUGCCCAGCUGUCAAUGCCAACAGGGUCACCGGACAACCUCACCUACAAAGGAAACAAUGGCAACCCACGAACUGCCUUUCCCUUGACAAAGUGUGAGGGUGACUGCGACGGAGACUCUGACUGUCAGGGGUCGUUGAAAUGUUUUGAAAGGACAGGAACGGAAGCUGUACCUGGUUGCAAUGGUGGUGGCUUCUACGGCAUUGACUAUUGUUAUGAAGAAGCUGUCAUCGCCCCUGCUACUGCUGCACCGCAAACAAAGCCGCCAACAUUCCGGCCAACACCCGGUCCAACAGAGCCACCAGUUACCAACGAAUUCUAUUGUGGAUGCACUACAUGCACAUCAGAUGUCUAUAAUGCUGAUGCUUCUGGUCACUCCUGUGGAGCUCGAAUGGAAUGGUUGGUAUCCCAUGGGUAUGCCACAAAUGACUUGGAAGCAUGUGGAAUUGUGAGUGACGAAUUCCCUUCCAUUUGUGGGCCGAAGUGUCACCCUACAAAGUGCGAAAUUACAACUCCGAGUCCACCAGAGAAUCCUUCCUGCGAAAGCAUCUGUUCGGGAUCAUAUCCAUUUUCAUGCGCGGAAAGUGUUCCUGGCGCUGUGAAAUAUGGAUGCUAUCGUGGGGGUGGAUGCUACUACCCCAACAGUUUGGAACAGUUAUACCCGUACGAUCAAGAAGGUUGGUGCACAUACAAGACUGAGUCAAAUCGCAGGCUGCGGGGGGCAGGUGGAUCCUCGGAAUAA